AUGGACUGCCUCAAGGCCGUCCAGGCGUACGUCGACAAGGCCAUCACGUCGACCCCGGGCAUCAAGGUCCUCCUCCUCGACUCGGACACGACCCCGAUCGUCAGCCUCGCGACCACCCAGAGCCACCUCCUCGCCCACGAGGUUUACCUCACCGACCGCGUCGACAACCCGUCUCGGCACGCGUCCACCUCCUCCCUCGCGCCAUCCGCGCCAGGCGCCUACCCGCCCGCACCAGGCGCAGCAGCACGCGGCGUCGAGCGCCUCCCCCACUUGCGCUGCGUGUGCCUCGUCCGGCCGACCGACGACAGCGUCGAGGCGUGCGCGAGGGAGCUCAGCGAGGGCAGGUUCGGCGGCUACUGGCUCUACUUCACCAACGUGUUGACCAAGGCGCAGAUCGAGAAGCUCGCAGAAGCCGACGAGCACGAGCUCGUGCGCGAGGUCCAGGAGUUCUUCGCCGACUUUGCGCCCCUCACGUCGUCGCACUUUUCCCUCAACGUCCUCCCGACCCCGCUGCACCCGUCGCCGACCCAGCGCACCAUGCCCUUGUACGGCGCGAGCCCGGCCACGUUUUCGGCGCACGCACCCGCGCUCGCGCGCCACGUCGAGGGCCUGACGGCGCUGUGCCUCGCGCUCAAGAAGCGGCCAAUCGUGCGGUACGAGCGCAUGAGCGGCAUGGCGCGCCAGCUCGGCGAGGCGCUUGUCGCCGCCAUGAACGGCGCGGGCGCCGGCGGUGCAGGCGGUGCGGGCGGCGCGAGCGACUCGGCGGGCCUGUGGGACUUUCGCAAGACGGCGACAGCACCGUUGUUGCUCGUGCUCGACCGCCGCAACGACCCGGUGACGCCCCUCUUGACGCAGUGGACGUACCAGGCCAUGGUGCACGAGCUGCUCGGCAUCACCAACGGGCGCGUCAGCUUGGAGGGCGCGCCAGAGGUCCGAGACGAGGUCAAGGAGAUUGUCCUGUCGCCCGAGCAGGACGCCUUCUUCGCGCGCAACCUGUACGACAACUUUGGCGACCUCGGCGCGCACCUGAGCAGCUACGUGCAGGACUACAGCACCCGGAGCGCGACGAGCCAGGCGGGCAAGAUCGAGACGGUCGCCGACAUGAAGCGGUUCAUCGACGAGUACCCCGAGUUCCGCAAGCUCGGCUCGAACGUGUCCAAGCACGUCGCGCUCGUCGGCGAGCUGUCGCGCCUCGUCAACGAGCGCGGCCUGCUCCAGGUCAGCGAGCUCGAGCAGAGCCUGGCGAGCAACGAGAGCCAUGGCCCUGACUUGCGGGCCGUCCGCGAGGCCAUCUCGGCGCCCGAGAUCCCGUCCGAGGCCAAGCUCCGUCUCGCCAUCCUGUACGCGCUGCGGUACCAGAAGGCGCCCGGGCAGCAGAUUGCCAGCGUCGUCGAGCUGCUCAAGGCGCAGGGCGUCCAGGAGGCCGAGAUGGUCAACGUCAUGCUCGCGUUCGCCGGCGCCGACCAGCGUCAAGACGACCUGUUCGGCAACGAGAACUUCUUCUCCAAGGGCAAGUCGGCGCUCAAGGGCCUCAAGGGCGUCGAGAACGUCUACACGCAGCACACGCCGCACCUCGCAGAGACGAUCGAGCUGCUCCUCAAGGGCCGGUUGCGCGAGUCGAGCUACCCGUUCGUCGACGGGCAGGGUGUCGGGCCGCAGGGCAUGAGUCGGCCGCAGGACAUCAUCGUCUUCAUUGUCGGCGGCACGACGUUCGAGGAGGCCCGGCACGUCGCCCAGCUCAACGAGCGUUUUGCGGCGGGCCAAGGGCUCGCGGGAGGAGGGCCGCAGAGCAUGGUCCCGCAGGGGACGAGGGUCGUGCUCGGCGGGACGUGCGUGCACAACUCGCGCAGCUUCCUCGAGAUGGUGCGCGACGCCGCGUUCGCGUUCGGCCCGUCGUUCGGCGCCGCACCACCCUCCGUCUCGCUCUCGGCGUCGACCUCAUCCUCCUCCGGCCCCACCGCCAUCCCCCCACCUUCCUCAACCCCUCAAGGUGCCUCCCAACAGGCGCCCGCACCGCGCGACAACUUUGCGCUCAACCUCGGGCCCGUGAGCCUCAACGUCGGCGGGCAGGCGGGCAACGCGAUCGAGCUCGGCGUCGAUGCGGCGAGGGACGGACUGAGGGACGUGUGGGGGAGGGUCAGGGAGAGGGUCGAGGGCGUCAGGCUCGGGUGAGCGGGCGUGGGCGUGGGCGAGGGUGGUUGAGGAGGAGGAUCGAGGAGGAGGGACGAGUUCGAGUCGGUGCGGCGGCGCGCCGCGCGGCCGCAGCUGUUUGUGUUGCUAUGACAGACGCAUGCUCAG